AUUGAAAGCAGCAGCUAUUAUAGAAUAUUAGAUAAGAUUUUAUUAUUAGUUUAUAAAUUGUUUAGUAAAUUACUAUGAUUAGUAUGAUUUGUAUUAAAUAACUUUUUACGCAGAGUUCGUUUAAACUUAAAUAUUAAUUUAUUUCUUGUUCGUUUUAAGGGUACAAUUGUGUUAUACAAUGGUACCUUCUCAUUAAUUAGUACUCAUUAUGUAAAUACUAAAUAACUGAUCUGCCGUAUUAUUUUGUUGAUCUUCGAAUGUAGAUAUUGAUAUUUGGUACGUUAGAUUUUGUUCCUAAUCAGACUCUUUGGCUGAAUUUUCAAUAAUCUGCUUGAUUAAAUUGGCUGAAAUUUGAUGACUUUCAAAUAUGAAUAAUUUGCAAGCAUCUAAGUUUUUUAAAGCCAUUAAAACUUAUCAUACACACAUUAAUGAUGACUUUGAACAACCUCAGAUUAUUAUUCCUACACUUAGAUCUUACCAGCGAAGAGCUGUGAAAUGGAUGGUCGACAGAGAAAAAAACAAUAUUUUAACAAAAUCUGAUGGAUCUCCAUUUAGUGGAGGCAUUCUAGCUGAUGAAAUGGGUCUAGGAAAAACUGUCGAAAUGUUAUGUUGCAUCAUGGAAAAUACAGCACCUCCUGAAUUCUACGACCAAAAUAUUAUAAUCAAAGAUAGUAUUAAAAAACCAUUGAUUCAAAGCCCAUCUAAACCAUCAACAAGUAAAUAUAUAGCAUAUACCAAUGAUAAAGAUCUUAAAAUAAAAUCAACAAGCAGUUCACGUAGUAUGCUAGAAAAUUGGUAUAAAAAUAUUCUAAGUGAAAUGAGUACGGUACCAAAAAAAGCCAUAGAGAGUAAUUUUGAUGAAGAUACUCAUAUUGUUGCAUGUUAUUGCAAGGAAACACCACCUAAAAGUAUCUUAGUGUAUUGCGCAAUGUGUGGUAAAGGCCAGCAUGCACAGUGUGUACAUUUUGAGCCAAAACCAUUUCAAGAAGUGCCAUACUUGUGUUCUAAUUGUUGGAUUUUAAAUGAUAGACUGCAGUGCAAGGCUACUUUGAUUGUUGUACCACAAUCUAUUUUGAACCAGUGGAUUGACGAGAUAGAAAAACAUAUUGCAAAACCCGGUUUAAAAGUUUAUGUUUACAAUGGUGUGCAUUCCGAUGGUUAUAUUCAACCUUUUUCUUUUGGAGACUAUGAUAUAGUCAUAACUUCAUAUAAUACUCUUUCAAGAGAUUUAAACUAUGUUGCAAAUGUUAAUGUGGAAAAUCAAAACAGUACUCGUUUGCGACAUUCAAAAAGAUACAAUUAUCCUCAGUCACCAUUGCCUUGCAUUAAAUGGUGGCGAAUAUGUUUGGAUGAAGGUCAAGCGAUUGAGAGCGCAAGUAGCAAAGUUUGUGAUAUGACAUCAAAUCUAAAGUCUGUGCACAAAUGGGCCAUGACUGGUACACCAAUACAAAAAUCACUAAAUGAUCUUUACGGUAUUUUAAAGUUCCUAGAAGUAAAUCCUUUCUGCCAUCGUAAACAGUUCCUGCAACUAAUGAAGGGUGAAGAGAGAGUUAUGUACGAAUAUUUUUCAAAAUUGAUAUGGCGUAGUUCAAUAGAAGAUGUCAAUUCAGAAUUAAACUUACCUAAACUAACUAAUGAACAGCAUUGGCUAACAUUUUCACAGAUAGAAAAAUAUUUUUAUCUCAGCCAACAUGAUGAUUGUGCUACAAUUUUUUCUAAUUGUGUAACCAGGCUAUUUCCAUCCUUAGAUAUAUCAGUAAAAAAUAUUGAUAGAAAAAGUAUUUUUACUAUCAUUGGACCAUUAUAUAAGCUUCGACAAGCUUGUGUACACCCACAAGCUGUGAAUGGACAGUUUUUAAAAAUAAAAGGAACAAUGACAAUGGAAAAAUUAAUGGAUGUAAUGAUAGAUAAAUGCCGUGUUGAAUGUAAUGAUAUAUUACGUUCAGUUGUUUCUCAGCACAAUGCCCUUGCUGGAUUAUAUCUUAUUCGUGCAGAACCAGAUAACGCUGUUGAACAGUAUAGAACAGUGUUAGGAUUAAUGGAUAAAUAUAAAGAUAAAAAAAUUAAAAUAGAUACAUGUCAGAAAAUCCAUGUUAUGUAUAAUUUGGCCACUGUAAUUGAUGAAAAUACAACCGUAAGUCGUGCUUUAAAUGAUUCAGACUUAAAAAGAGACAUGGAAUUACUUGAAAAAGAAUAUCUUGAUGCUACUAAACAAAAUAUUGAAUCAACUCGUAAAACUGUACUAUUUUAUUCGGAUAAGGUAGCUAAAAUUAUUGAGAAUAAAACUCUUGGCUAUUCAGACUGGUGGUCAGACAUGUUAGAUUGGAUUUUUUCACCAAAUGACUUUUUAGCUAAAGUUCAAAUGGAGUUGGAAGAUUAUCGUGUGCCUGGUGUUCCAAAUAUCGCAAACAGAUUGAAGUCUGUAAAUGAUGUUUAUAAUAUUCUCGGCGUUUGGCUUGCUGACCUAGAUACAGCAAGAAUAGAUACAAUAUCUAUACUAAAAACAUUAGAAGAAACACCCAUGAAUGACUUAGUUCAAAGUGCAUUAAUUUGUCAUCUACGUUUAAAAUCAAAAAAGGGGAAUUCAAAAAAUAGGCGGUGUUUAUUAUGUAAAGCUGAAAUGGAACUGCAAGUAUAUGAAUCAUUAUUGUUUAGUGUUUCUAAUAAACAAAAGAAUACACUAGUUGAUAAAACCGAAGAAAACGAUCAAGAAACUUUAUAUGAAUGUACUAGUAAAGGUCUUUGGAAGAUGUCUCAAAAAGAAUUUUUACUUAUGAAACUAUUCCAGUAUGGACAAGCUAAAAUUAUAAAUAAAAGCUGUUUGGAAGAUGCAGCUGAACACAUGAAGGUACUAGAGUUGGUACGUAAAGAAUUCCGUUAUUUACGGCUGUUAUGGACUCAUCUCAGUGAUAGUCUUUCUGCUCAUGAUGAGAUAGUUAUGGCAAAGUCAAGAUUGAGACUUGGAGAGAAUGGAGAUAGUUUUAUGCAGUCUGAAGCAGUAGAUGGUCCACCUAAAAAAAAGUCUAAAAGAGAAGACGAAAAUGAUGUUAUUAUGGAACAAUAUGUGGAUUAUCAUGUGAUGUCAUUAACUGGAGAUAUUCCAAUUACUAGUUCUCUCUUAGAACAAAGAAUUGGAACACUACUUUAUCUAGAAAAUUUAAAAAAAGAAAAAGAAAACUCUACUGAAGUUGAUACAUGUCCAAUUUGUUGUUUGAAUGGUGAUGCAGGAUGGGCAGUAUUAUUAUGUGGCCAUAGUGUGUGUAACCAGUGCUUAGCAACCAUGUGUAGUCAUUCAGAUGCUUUUGAUAUAGUAUGUCCUAUGUGCAGGAGCAAUACCCCAAUGGAUUCUGUAUCCUAUGUAAAAAAUAACCGAGAAGGUGAAGUGUCAAACAUAGUAAUCAAAGGUUCUUUUUCGACUAAAAUAGAAAGUGUGACUUUAAAACUAAUAGAAUUGAUUACUCAAGAUCCAAAUGUGAAAGUUUUAAUAUUCUCAAAUUGGGAUAAAGCAUUAAAUCUUCUUGGAGAAGCUUUGGAUCAAAAUUCAAUCAAUUUUAGAAUACUAAAAACAGGAAAAAAGUACAAAAAAACACUUAAAGAUUUUAAAUCAAAUAAGAAAAUAAAUGCAUUAUUAAUGAAGUUAAGCCUGGGUUCAAAGGGAUUGAAUUUAACUGAAGCAACAAGAGUAUUUUUCAUGGAGCCAAUAAUUAACAAAGCUGAUGAGCUUCAAGCCAUUGGGAGAAUUCAUAGAAUAGGACAAACCAAACCCACAUUUGUGCAUAACUUUAUUAUUCGAGAUUCUAUUGAGGAGAACAUCACAAAUGUAUUUUCUGGUGCCAUGUUUGAUAGAUGGGAUGAUAUCACACUUUCUCAGUUAAUAAGAGUAUUUGAAAGAAAAGAAUCUAAUUUAAUAUUAGAGCAAAAUGAUGACUUAAGUGAAUAGUAAUUUAAAUAUUUAAUUAUUAUUAUUAUA